GCGACUGCAGCAGCCAUGGAGGACGAGAUGCCCAAGACUCUAUACGUCGGUAACCUUUCUCGAGAUGUGACAGAAGCUCUCAUCCUCCAGCUCUUUAGCCAGAUCGGACCUUGUAAAAACUGCAAAAUGAUUAUGGAUACGGCAGGAAAUGACCCGUACUGUUUCGUGGAGUUCCAUGAGCAUCGCCACGCAGCUGCAGCCCUGGCUGCUAUGAAUGGGCGGAAGAUAAUGGGUAAGGAAGUGAAAGUGAAUUGGGCAACAACCCCUAGCAGUCAAAAGAAAGAUACAAGCAGUAGUACCGUUGUCAGCACACAGCGUUCACAAGAUCAUUUCCAUGUGUUUGUUGGUGACCUCAGUCCAGAAAUCACAACUGAAGAUAUCAAAGCAGCUUUUGCACCAUUUGGAAGAAUUUCAGAUGCCCGUGUGGUAAAAGACAUGGCUACCGGGAAGUCUAAGGGAUAUGGCUUUGUCUCCUUUUUCAACAAAUGGGAUGCAGAAAAUGCCAUUCAGCAGAUGGGUGGCCAGUGGCUUGGUGGAAGACAAAUCAGAACUAACUGGGCAACCCGAAAGCCUCCAGCUCCAAAGAGUACAUAUGAGUGUAGGUGCAUUGGAGACGAGACGCAAAUGUGGAAUGUGGAGAGAAAAUACACUAGAUUUUAAAUGUUAAGCUGUUCCCGGAGACUUAUUGCAGAAAUAGAUGAGAAGCAGAUCAAGACCACUCUUGAAAAUGUACUUACAAACACCAAACAGCUGUCAUACGAUGAGGUUGUGAGUCAGUCUAGUCCCGGCAACUGCACCGUGUACUGUGGAGGAGUGACGUCAGGACUGACAGAACAACUAAUGCGUCAGACUUUUUCCCCAUUUGGACAAAUAAUGGAAAUCCGAGUCUUCCCAGAUAAAGGGUACUCAUUCGUUCGGUUCAGUUCCCAUGAAAGUGCGGCACACGCAAUUGUUUCUGUUAACGGUACUACCAUUGAAGGGCAUGUGGUGAAAUGUUACUGGGGCAAAGAGACUCUUGACAUGAUAAACCCCGUGCAGCAGCAAAAUCAAAUUGGAUAUCCACCAGCAUAUGGCCAGUGGGGCCAGUGGUAUGGAAAUGCACAACAGAUUGGCCAGUAUGUACCUAAUGGUUGGCAAGUACCUGCCUAUGGAAUGUAUGGCCAGCCAUGGAGCCAGCAGGGAUUCAAUCAGACCCAGUCUUCUGCACCAUGGAUGGGACCCAAUUACAGUGUGCCGCCACCUCAAGGGCAGAACGGCGGCAUGCUGCCUAAUCAGCCUGCUGGGUAUCGAGUGGCAGGGUAUGAAACCCAGUGAAAACAGACGACAGAAUGGAAGCCAGUGGCUUGAAGCCACAGGGAGGGUAGGAAAGCAGAUGUUUACUUCAAGAUUUAUCAAAUCAGUCAGUACAAAUGCCAGAUACAAUGUAUUUAUUUAAAAGACUCAUUUUUAAAAUCAUGACAUUACUUUUCAUCCACAUUGUUUUAAAAAGGAACAAGAUGGUGGAUGUCUGCCAAUUUUUGCUUCAUUAUCUUUUUGAUAAAGUCUCUCAGAUCCUUGUUUCUCAGACAAAUGCAGGGCUUGCUGCCACUUUGUUAAAAUAAGAGGCAGAGAAUUGCACAAUGGUGAACUUUUUCCACUGAAUAGUGUGCAGUUUAAGUUUGCAUUCCUGAUAUGAUAUAAAACAUGUAAUAUAGAUGUAAAAAAAAGCCAAACUUGUGCAAGGUCUAGAAGUUCUUUGUGACUUUCAGCGCGUGCACAGUUGUCUUAGGUUAAAGGGUAGGCAUUGUGUGAGCUAUACCAUCUCCACUAUUAUCCCUUUGGAAUUUUUAAAUAUAAAUUAUUAGUUUAUAUCAUUUUGUAUCCACAGUUUUUUCACAAAUUGUCCUGCCUUAUGAAAAAAUCUGUAAAAUACUCUUAAAUGAAAAAAAUGAUGUUCACUUAGAUUGAAAACUUUUCUCAGAUGGACUGAUAAUUACAUUCAUCUUGUUUUUAUAUGAGAAGGUGCCUCAAGGAUUCCCUGUUGGACUUGUUUAAAAGGACUUUUUAUCUUCUGUGAUAACCUUUGCCAUAUACCAGGAACUAGGAAAACAAGGAACUUGUUACUAAAGAGAAUCUGCAAUGUGAUAAGUCCUCACCCACAUGAGCUUCGUGUGUCAACGUCUAUGUUUACAUGUAUGGUUUUCUAAGAUACUUCAGCAAGCCACAGUUUGCAGUUAGCAAACUUUGUAUGUCAUUUCCUUCCUACAGGUGUCAUGAAGCGUUGAUGUAAGACAGAUUUUACACUUGCAUGUGAAUAUCACAUACAUACUUUGAUAGUCUUUGAUACAAACUCAUCUGCUCUUGUUUUUCAAGAAUUUUGAGACGCAAAGUUGUAUGUAUCAGAAUAUAUUAAUUAGAUAUUUUAGUUAGAUUUACUUAAGAAGUGAAUCCACUUUGAUAUGUACAGAUGGUAGCUGUGAAACUGUGGCUGUCCCUCUGUCAGGCUUGGGGUUCAUUAAGACCUCUAAACUAGCCUGAAGGGCCAGCCAGGCAAGACAGUUUUAAAUAUUCACAGGCCAAAAUAGAACAAACAAAUAAACCCUUAAAAGUCCUACCUCCUUAAACAGCCUUCAAGGAAAAGCUCCUGAGCACUGUGUGGCUUUGGUCCUUCAGUACCAGGUCCUCAGGAGCUCUCACAUUACUAUUUUUGAGGUUUGCUCUCUGUUGGCAUUGAUCUAGCCUUAGGGUUUCUAAUAUAUUUCAGAGUCUCUUGGUUUGGUGUGGUUUCAGUGAUGACCACAACCUUCUCCUUGACAGCAGAGAGGAAGGAGCCCCUGUGCAUUGUGGGUUUUGAGACCUGCGGAGAGCUCCCAGCAUUUUACUCAGGCCUGUGGAACUGGAAGCAUUUCCUGGCCUGUAUCUUUCAGGUAGGAGCACACAACUCUAACCUGUGUCUAAGCCAGUCCCCUUGUCCAGCAGCCCAGGAAGACAGUCCCAAUGUGUGCUUCUCUGGAGCUCAGUUCUAUGCAGUUGUGCUAAUGUUUCAUUAAGUCACUGUGUAUUUUUAAGUACUAAAACAUUGAAAUUUGCUUUAUGGAAGAUGAAUAAAUUUUUUAAAUACUUGGAAAUUUUAUUUCUUUGUAAACUUCUUCAGAUUAGGACAGGCAAUAAAAGCAGCUUAAAUAAAAUACUAAAAGCAAAAAGAUAAAAACUCA